AUGGCGAGGAACAUGGCGGGGCCUUUGCUGUUCCUGAACCUGGUGUUGUACUGCAUUGUGGUGGGCUUCGCUAGCUGGUGCAUCAACCGCUACAUCAACGGCCAAUCCGCUCAUCCCGGUGUCGGGGGAAAUGGUGCCACGAUGUUCUUCCUCGUGUUCGCGCUUUCGGCCGGAGUGGUCGGGAUAGUCUCGAAGUUGCCGGGCGCCCUCCACGUUAGGGCAUGGCGGGGCGACAGUUUGGCUGCGGCUGCUUCUUCUUCAGUGGUGGCAUUCGCCCUCACUGCUCUUGCCUUUGGGUUGGCGUGGAAGGAGAUAAAUGUGGGAGGGUACAGAGGAUGGAGGCUGAGAGUGUUGGAAGCUUUCGUGAUAAUCGUGACGAUCACUCAGUUCUUGUAUAUCCUGGCACUCCACGCGGGUCAUUUCAGCAGCCGGUAUGGGCCAGGCUACCGAGACACUCCCUAUAGCGGCGGUAUCGAGCCUAAGGGCGGCGGCAGGGGAGUGACUGGAGCUCGGGUGUAG